AUGAACAAAAUCUCAGCCAAGGUUUCUCCAUGUUCCUCCUCACCUCCACCUGCUCUUCUACACCCAUCCUCAUCUACAGAAGACGACAACCCCAUCACAGAGAGUCUUCAGGAGCAGGAACCUGGACCAGGCAGGCGUUCCUGUCAGUGCCAGUUCAGGGUGGUGCUGCGUUUAGCUGCUGGGGUGGUACUGGGCGUGUGUAUGGCAUCUUCGUGGACGUGGGCGGCUCACAGCGCCAGACGGGUUCUGACCCGCUUCAGGGCUCCGUUCUUCAUCACCUGCUUCUGCAGCAGCUGGAACCUCCUGAUGUUCCCUCUGUAUUACACCUCACACGUGGUGGCAUCGGGGCAGAGAGAGAUGCCCGCCGCCCACUUCCGGAGGUGUGUACGGUUGCUGGGGGAGGGCGAGGUGACCGUCAGGGUUCUGUUGCGUCUCUCGGCCCCGUUCUCUCUGUUCUGGAGCAUUUCGGUGUUUCUGUACCUGCUGGCUCUCACCAGGAUCUCUGUUAGCGACUGUAGCGCCGUGCUCUGCUGCACCACGUCCUUCAUCUUCCUGUUAGCCUGGAUCGGCCUUAAGGAGCGAUUCAUGGGGGUCAGGGUGGUGGCGGCGAUUCUCUCCAUCACCGGGAUCGUUAUGCUGGCGUACGCUGAUGGCUUUCACAGUGACUCCAUCACGGGCGUGGCCCUGGGCGUGGGCUCGGCCUCCAGCUCCGCCGUCUACCAGGUGUUGUACAGGAAGCGUGUGGGUGUGCAUGACGUGGGCGUGGCGUGUGUGUUGUUGUGUUGUGUAGGUGUGUGUGUGUUGUUCUUACACUCCUGGGUGUGUGUGUUACUGUACGUCACACACGUGGAGUUCUGGCCUCCGUCUGAGCCUGUACCGUGGUCCGACCUCUGCACCACCGCCUCACUCAUGCUCGUGUAUAAUGUGAUAGUGAACAUGGGCGGAGUCUGUUCAUACCCUUCAUUAACGUCACUGGGGAUCCUGAUCACUAUUCCAGUGAGCACAGCGGUGGAUGUGUGUAUGUUCGAGGCCCCGGUGCUGAAUGAGAUGAGAUUAGCAUCGUUAGCUUUGAUCUCGGCGGCGUUCCUCAUGUUGAUGUUCCCUGAGGACUGGACCGAGAGAAUGCGCCGGUGCUUCAGCUCACUGUGGAACAGAGACGAGAAAUCCACUGCAGCUUAA